CCCAGCAAAGCCCUUGGCAUUUUAAAAAUCCAUCGGUAGCUUUCGCACCCAGGUUACUGAGGUGUUCCAUUUUUUCUGAGAUCUUCCAAUUGAGAAACGGUAAAAGUAGCAAGAAAAUGUGGAGUUUGGACGAGAGCAGUAGUUCCAAUAUCACUACUACGACUUCGAACUCCGAGGACAUGUCCCUGUCGUGCUUCUUUAACCCUCUUCAUGGCUGCUUGCUCCACGCGGACGGCCACGGGGAAGUGUGGACGGACUGGAACAGCACCUCCAAGUUCUUCCAGUAUGGCUGGAGGUGCACCACCAACGAGGACAUGUAUGCCAACAAGACCCUCUUGGGAAACUGGAACGAGGAGCGUUACGACAUCCAGAAAAGGAGGCAACUCAAACCUCUCCCUUCCCAGUACGCUCACUAUUUCGAGGCCACCUACGCGUCGGACUAUUCCAAGGAAAAGCCUCGCAGAUUAAGAAGGGUGACGCGAGAACCUCACUGGUUUCCCGGACACCAGCCUGAGCUGGAGCCCCCUCCGAUCAAGCCCACCGCCCGCUCGUGCUACAUGAUCGAUUACGAGCCUCCGCACGGCAGACCAACCUGCUCCUUGGUCGAAGUGAAGCCCAAGGAAGCAACGGAGACGCCGCCGAAGCAGUAGGCCGCUGCUCCAGGAUCCCCUGGGGCUGGAAAUCUCUGCCGGAGGGUCUCCUUGUCCCCCCCACCACCACCAAGAUUAGAAGCUCGGUUGAUGGGCAGCAGUUCCUAAAAUAAAAGAAAUUUCGCCCGCCAGGAGACUCCCCAUAA